AUGUCUAGUUACACCGCACAAACUCCCAUCCUCGACCACUUUGUCAUCCUCGUGUCCCACAAAACCCUCUUGGGAAUUUCUGAACAUACCAAUGGCCAAUUUACCCUAGCACCAGGUGGAACUCACGCCGAUGGACUCACAACAAACAAGCUAAUUCUCCUUCCGGACGGCGUCUACCUAGAGCUCAUCGCCUUCUUCGACGACGCUGAUCCCGAAAAGCGCCGCCAGCAUCGUUGGGGCAACGAGAAAGAAGAUAGCAUUAUUGACUGGGCUUUCACAUUGCCCUCAGAGAACGACUUUGGCACGAUUCAACAGCGAGUCCGAGAAUCUGCCACCGGCUUCUUUUAUACAGACCCUAUCCCUGGUGGUCGCACAAAACCAGAUGGCACCGUCUUAAAAUGGGCAAUUUGUGCGCCAAAGGAUGACCAAGGGAACGGGGUGGCCCCAGGGACAAUGCCAUUUUGGUGUCUCGAUAGAACGCCCCGAGCAAAUCGUGUCCCUUAUGAGAAGGAGGCCCAUCUUACUCGACACCCUAACGGUGCGCAGGGCGUGUCUUCUGUGUUGAUCCAGAUUCCUGAUGGUGGAGAUGCGAAGCUGAAGGGAACAUACGAUGCGAUGUUUGGGGAUGCGUGGAAAUAUGCGGUUCCUUCCGGUUCGAAUGCUGGUCAUCAUUCGGUUUCUAUUUCUGGGGAAAAAGCAGCUAUUCAACUGGUAUUACAUGGAUCAAAGAGCGGACGCGUGGAACUUUUGCCAGGACUUUUGAUUGAUAUUGAAGAAUCUGCAUACUGA